AAUUGCUCUUUGGAGCUUCGCAGGCGGAGUCCGAGAAUCGCGCGGAAAAUGUGCAUUAACAAAUAGAAAAAUCCGAAAUAAAGACAAAGAAUUAGCUCGCGGUUAAAGAGAAUACAGCACCUGUGUUUUUGGAAUCGAAAAUCAGUGCGAAACGCCUACCACUGCUGUGUGUUGUUGUUAUUGUUGCCAAGGCCGAAGGAGCGAAAAGGGAGGCCGAAAAAAAAGAAUCUGUGCUAACAAAAACAAAGCGCCGGCAACAACAGCAUCCCAGUGCACAGUGGUCGAAAAGUGUCGUUCAUCGCUCGAAUUCCUUAUCAAAAAAUUUGUUUAUGGAGGGGGCACAUAUCAAGAGGCUGUGCUAAAAUCACACUUAAGCCGCAAGCAAAGGCGCGGAAUAUUUGCUAAACUACUUUUGGCCCAACUUUUCAAGAUAGAAGAGCUGAAAUCGCUAGGUCCCCCAGUCCGAGUCUGCGAUGAGCCGACUCCUGGAGAAGCCCAACAUCGCCAUGUCCAUCAAGUCCACGGGUAGUCAGCUCUCGAGCACGAUGACGACAGCCUCGGCGACGCUGUCCUCGGACCUGGACGAUGCGGACACAUCCCGCACCCAGCUGAGUCCAUCGGAAACAUCUGGAGUAGUCCUCGUACCCGCCACUACAGUCACACCCAUGCGCCAGAAAAUCGACCAGGUGGUGAUCAGCCUGAUAUCCGGAGCAGCGGCGGGGGCGCUGGCCAAGACGGUCAUCGCCCCGCUGGACCGCACAAAGAUCAACUUCCAGAUCCGCAACGAUGUGCCCUUCUCGUUUCGAGCCUCGCUGCGCUACCUGCAAAACACCUAUGCCAACGAGGGCGUUUUGGCCCUGUGGCGGGGGAACUCGGCCACGAUGGCCAGAAUCGUGCCCUACGCAGCCAUACAGUUCACGGCCCACGAGCAGUGGCGUCGCAUCCUGCACGUCGACAAGGACGGCACCAACACGAAAGGUCGUCGGUUUUUGGCUGGCUCCCUGGCGGGAAUCACCUCACAGUCGCUGACGUAUCCUCUGGACCUGGCACGCGCCCGCAUGGCCGUCACGGAUCGGUAUACUGGCUAUCGGACGCUGCGACAAGUCUUCACCAAGAUCUGGGUGGAGGAGGGUCCGCGGACGCUGUUCCGCGGCUACUGGGCGACCGUUCUCGGCGUGAUUCCCUAUGCGGGCACCUCCUUCUUCACCUACGAGACUCUUAAGCGGGAAUACUAUGAAGUGGUCGGCAACAAUAAACCCAAUACUCUAGUCUCGCUGGCCUUCGGUGCUGCGGCUGGUGCCGCCGGGCAAACGGCCAGCUAUCCAUUGGACAUUGUGCGGCGAAGAAUGCAGACAAUGCGGGUGAACACGGCUGGCGGAGAUCGGUACCCAACCAUCCUGGAGACUCUCGUCAAGAUCUAUCGUGAGGAGGGCGUCAAGAACGGUUUCUACAAGGGACUUAGCAUGAACUGGAUCAAGGGACCCAUCGCCGUGGGCAUCAGCUUCUCCACCUACGAUCUGAUCAAGGCGUGGCUCACGGAGCUGGCCAACUUGAGACGGGUUGAGAAAUAGCCCAGCUCCCUGCCCCUGCCACUCGUCACCCAUAAACACCACACCAAAAACGCACUGCUUUGAUCUUAAGUCUCGCGAUCGAUGGAUGAGCUGAGGAAAUAGAAGUGAAGCACCGACAUGCUCUAAUUGUUAGAUAUUUUUUAGCUGUUAGUUGUGAGGGAGAGAAGCGAUGAAGUGAAGACACCCGAAAGCGCUUAACUUUGUUAUUAACCGUAAUUGAUUUAUUAUCGCCGUAAGCCGAAAGUAUAUCAGCCAAUAAACUGUCUGAAUAAUGACUCGCCUGGCACAUACUGCUCCCCAGGACCUCGUAUUCAAUGGUGUUGCUUUGACAAUAACACUCCUAGAUUAAUGAUUACGAUUUACCCGAACAUUUUGUAUAUUGUGUAUUGCCAACUCAAUGUCAAGGCGCUGCGACUGUUAAAAUAGUCAUGAAUUUGAGGGUGUUCACACCAGCAUAUACUAUGUAAUUCUUGUAUGUUAGUGUGUUUUUAUUAUUAAAAUUUACAAAAUUGUUUAAC